UACCAGAUGGUAAAAUCCUUGCGCCCAAUAAUUAGCAAUAAACGAACUCCUCUGCCUCCCACGCCCCGGCCAAAGUCCGCUCAAGACAAUCCGCCACUGUGAUGAAAUCAAAUCCGCCCGGACACGUGCCGCCAAGUCAAAAAGUCAAUCUAUCUAAUAGCCGAAACGCGUUGAGUCAUCUUCAAAUAUGAAGAAACAUCGAGUGAUCAGCAUUCGAUCGAACGUCGCCGACCUCCAUACAUGUGACAUGUAUUUUAUAAGUGUGUCCAUCUCCCAGCCUCCGGCCAGUCGGUUGUUGCAGUAGUAAACGGGUGUUGAUACAGUGAUGUCUGAACUUUGUGAUGUCUGUGAUAAGGUGGCGAACGCUCGUUGAAGCCAGCAUCUGGACGAAUGUAGGAGUUUCGGGGAAAACAUCAAGAUGGAUCUCCAGUAUGUCUUUAUGGUGGUGACGACGGUAUUGGCAACCAUACACAGCGUGAAGACGGACGAAAUGUCAACCUUAAAUAAUUCAGACUCGAAGAAAAUCUACUGCGGGAAGAACUUGUCGCAGACGCUAUCCGCAGUGUGCAAGGGCAACUACAACACCCUUAACAAGAAAAGCGAUAUUGAGAAUCGGGGUCGCGCGGUCGAGUCCCAGCGCGGCCAGGACUUUCCCUUCCGUAACAGGGCCAUCGCGUCGUCCCUCAUCACCAACUUCCGGCCUCGGAGGCGCCGGGGCGUGUUCAACGAGUGCUGUGAGAAACCGUGUUCGUACAAGGAACUGUCGUCGUACUGCGGCAGCAACAGGAAGCGAUAGAACUGCCUUAAGUGACCUUGUGAUGAAAAUGUGAUUUAGUUUGUGAUAAAAUUAGGUUUAGGUCCGCUUCGUCCGCUUCAGUGCACUUAAGAAUUAGGAACGCACCAUGUGUAUCGGGAAAUCGUCGCGGUAUUUAUUUAGUGACAUUGUGAUACGUUAUUGUUGCAUUUAGUCCUAGCCAGAGCGUGUAAUAAAUUAUUCGAAUUUUUCUAA